AUGUUCAAGAGAGCCUCAUCAUCACUCCUCCGUUCUGCCUUCACUACCCAACAACAAAGAUUCUUCUCUACUCAAAGCAGCCUUUUGCAACAAAAGAUUACUGCUACCUUGUUCCCUGGACACGGUAUUGGUCCUGAAAUUUCUGCUGCUGUUGUUAAGAUUCUUGAUGCCGCUGGUGCUAAUAUUUCAUGGGAAACCCACGAUAUUGGUGUCCCACAACCUGGAAGUGUUGACUUGAUUUCUCCAGAAGCUCUUGCCAGUGUCAGAAAGAACAAGGUUGGUUUGAAGGGUCCUUUGGCUACACCAAUUGGUAAAGGAUACAGAUCUUUGAAUAUUACUUUGAGACAAGCUUUGGAACUCUAUGCCAACGUUAGACCAGCUGUCAGUAUUCCAGCUAUUAAGACUGGUUAUCCACACGUUGAUGUUGUCGUUGUCAGAGAAAACACUGAAGGUGAAUACUCUGGUUUGGAACACGAAGUUGUCCCAGGUGUUGUUGAAUCAUUGAAGGUCAUUACUCAAAAGUCAUCUAUGCGUAUUGCUGAAUAUGCUUUCAGAUAUGCUUCUGAAAACUCUAGAAAGAAGGUCACUGCUGUCCACAAGGCCAACAUCAUGAAGAUGAGUGAUGGUCUCUUCUUGGAAUGUUGCAGAGAAGUUGCUAAGAAAUACCCAAAUAUUAAAUACGAAGAAGUCAUUGUCGAUGCUUGUUGCAUGAAGCUCGUUCGUUAUCCACAAGAAUUCGACGUCUGUGUCACACCAAACUUGUAUGGUGAUAUUUUGUCUGAUUUGUGUGCUGGUUUGAUUGGUGGUUUGGGUUUGACACCUUCAGGUAACUUUGGUGAACAUGCUUCAGUUUUCGAAGCUGUCCACGGUACUGCCCCUGAUAUUGCUGGUCAAGAUAAGGCCAACCCAACUGCUCUCUUGUUGAGUGCUUUGAUGAUGUUGAGACACUUGCAAAUGCAUGACACUGCUGCUCGUAUUGAAAAGUCUGUCAUGAAGGUUCUUACUGAAGGUAAGGUUUUGACUGGUGACUUGGGUGGCAAGUCUACUUGUUCUGAAUAUACCAACGAAAUUAUUAAGAAUCUUUAAAUAUUAAAACUAAUAUAAUUAAUUUAUGU